AUGCCCACGUAUCUAUGCCAUGGAUUUCGAUGGCAUCGCCGGGCCAUCCGCAUUUACGUCAUCCUCAACGAUCUCGAGGAUGCCGCCUCAAAUUGGAUUAUUGGACCUGCGACUUCUUCGUCUAUCGUCUCUCAGUUCUACACCUCAUACGACUUUCUCCCUGAGGUCGCACCGCCACAGCAGGAAGUAAGCGUCAGCAUCAACAAGGCCAAGAAGGAUAAUCAACAUCUCGACGAUGACCUCUCACUCCCACCAUCGCGUGUGCCACCUGAGAAUGAUGGCGUCCUCAUGCAUUCGUGGUCCGCCGUCAAGCUUCUGGAGGAGUUUGACCCUGAAGAGAUUAUGACGCCGUGCAGGCCGUACGCUUAUGUCGCGGACUAUGUGGUGCGGGUCGACUUGAGUGUGGAUGUGGCGGGUGAAAUGGCCAAGUAUUACGAGAGGAUGGCAGGUGAAGAUGGGUGGAUUGUGAAGUUGAGGGAUGAGUUGCAGAAGGGGGAGCCUGUGAGAUGGUAUGUCGUUGUUUGUGGGGAUGAGGUCAGGGACUUUCCGGGAGCGAGUGAUGAUGAGGAGAGCGAAGAAGAUUCAACAUCUGUGUAUGGUGGCGAAGGCGACGAUACCCUCACAGUGCUGGAUGCUGUCCCAGAGGAACAAGAAGGGCGCUCAACACCGAGACCUCCCGAACAGGAGUGGCCAGACAUCCGCCAGCCUAUCCAACCCAGCGAGCCACUUCCACAGAGGCUAUCAACUUCAACGACAUCAUCGUCACAAUGGUCACAAGAAGAUGCAGCCGCGCCGCCGAGACUAACGCCGGAUCUCGAAAUACCACUCCUUCGAACCUUUGAUAGCGUCUCAUCACGGUAUUCGACAUCGACGGCGUCGGGACUCUACCAUGAUGGAGACCGCUUGCUGCUGGAGCCUGAAGAGUUUGUGAUGGCGCAGUCACCUGCGCGGACUCCUUUACGGGAGGAGGCACCAGACAUCGUCAUGCCCAUCAGAGCUGAGGAGCUCAAUCCAUCUCUAUCAGCGCUCACAUCCAUACGCGGAGGUUAUGCCAUCUCGGUCACCCUCACCAAUGUCUCCGGCUACUUCAAGCAUGACAAGGCCAUUAAUCAACCCCCGAGCUCUUCACCCUUCUCAAACCCCAUCCCCGACUUCGCCGAACCCGCCAGCAAGGUCGUUGAUAAACGCUCAAGAUCUCCAGCCAUCACGGACACCCUCGCCCCCGUCACCAACUUCACUGGGUCCCUCACAGACAAGGCAACUGAUCAACCCCCAACAUCUCCGGUCUCAAACGCCCUCACCAACUUCGCCAACACCAUUAGGGGCUUCGCAAACAAGGUCACUUAUUAA